AUUCUGUGAAGCCUUGGCUGGAGCAUGCUCAACUGCUAGGGAGCAGCUACAAGAGGGCUCUGCAAGGGCACUUGCAUUCGUAUUACAGUACAAGCAGCCACGCAAAGUGUGCGGCAUUGCCUUUCUCGGCUUGCAGACAUGGCGAUCCUGGAGGAGAUCGACGAUGAUGCCGAGCAGAAGAAGACCACAUCGCAGGCAAGACGGAAACCCGGACUUACGGGGAGCAGCAAGAUGGGAGCUGGUGCACAAGCCACACCCAAGGGUCUGGGUUUGGCGCGGGGGUUUCUGAGGGCAAAGCCACAGUCUAGUAUAGUUAGAAAUGAUGAGAAAAGUGAAGCUGAAAAGAGAAAGAGCAGCAAUGCCGAGCCGGAGGAUAAGGCCAAUCUUGCAUCUGAAGACGAGAGCAAAUCAAAGUCUGCCAAACCUGAAUUUGAGAAUCCGAGCAAGGGUACCCCUGAAAGUACGGCUGAUCAGAGGAUUGAUGACGAAGGGCGCAGAGCAGAGAGUGCAAAAAGUUCAUCAAGUCAGGGCUUAGCGAAGGGUUUCCUCAAUGCCCCAGUGAAAGCCGCAUCACAGGCUGGGCGCUCCCAAGUUCUAGAUUCCGAAGCAAUUGAUCAACCACCACUGGCAGAAAAGCAUGGUCGGUCAGCGGAGGGGUUUGCAAGGGGGUUUCUCAACCCGAAGCAGCGGGCUCCAGUGCAAAGCACGGCAGGAAUCCGCAGUGUAAGCACAGCGAAUGCUGAGGUCAGCGGAUACGACACUGCUCAUGCUGGCAAUCAUGUGGCUGACAGCGCUGAAGAAGGCAGAGGGAAGCAAGUGGAGGGAGCUGAGACGGUCGCUGAGAUGAAUGCUGAUGGUGCUGGAAGAGAUGCUAUUCUUUCAGAAAGUGGUCUCUCAGCGGUCAAAACAGGAGGAGCGCCUCAGCAAGCAGAUGUGGAAGACACGUGGUCUGUCGAGACGCAGAUCUCGGACCGGAGCGAGUUGCAUGAGGAGGCAGCGAGCGCCUUGCGUGGGGCUGCUCUGCAUGAAGCACAGGAGUCUCUGGAGCAGGCUCAGGACAGGACGGGAGGUGCAGCUUCACAGUCCGCGGAUCAAGAGUCUGAAAGUGUCGGUGGAAGCGGCGAAAGUUUCCGGGAAAUGCACUUUGCUGCAGGGGUCGUCCGGGAAGCAGGGCAUUCAAUGGAUGGGGAUGGGGAUGAACGCAGAAGCGGUGAGAAAAAGGGGGGUUCUGGUCAGGCGGAGGGAGAAAGUGAAGGAGGGAACAAGGAAGCAACUGGGAAGGUGCAGACAAAAGGUGGAAUCGAUGGAGAGAUCUUUUUUGGAAAAAGAGGAGAGGGGGGAAGCGUGGAAGAGAAGACUGAGGAGGGGGCGCCAGAAGGCGAAGAAAGGGUCCAAAAGGAAGGGGAAAUGGAGGGCGGCAAGGUCACAAAAGAGGGGGAGAAUAAGGGAAAUAGUAGAGAGGCAGAUGUGAACGAACGGACGGAGAAGGCUGAAAGAAAGGAAGAAGCGAAGGCCUUGGAGAAUGAUAGACUGGAAGGAAUGAUGGAAGAGCAUAGGGAGAAGGCAGACAGGCUGGAACGCACAAUGGACGACCGGGAGAGCAAGGUUGACGAGACGAAGAGCACAAACCAAGAAGUGAAUGAACGGGCAGCAGAGAAGAUUGAAAAUGGAGACGGUACCAAAGACACUUCAGUCGUCCAGCAAAGCCAGUCCAGCGGCAAGCAAGGAGAGGAGACAGCUGCGGAGGAAGAGAAGGGAGAGAACGAGGAAGAAGAGGACGAGUUCCAUGAUGCGUGUGAAGAUGAAGAACAGCAAAGGAAGCAAGCUCUGGUGCAAGCAGAGCAGGCCCGCGCCCGUGGAAACGAACUGUAUGCCACUGCAAAUUACGAGCGCGCGCUGGAGGUCUACUCAAAGGCGCUCGAGCUUGCGCCACCUGCUUACGUCAACGUGGAGACACCCCCCCAAGACGAAGAGUUGUCCCCUGCAAACGAGGAGAUACCUCACCAAAAGGAAGCCGAAACCCCCCAUAACGAAGAACCCGCGCCUGAGACCAGCGGAGACGGGACAAAAGAGACCGAGCCAUUGGCGCAAAGAAAAGCAGACGCAGGACGGGGGCUGGAAUCGAACGCGGAAGAGGGCGGUUUUGGUGAAGCAAAGGAGGAACGCGGACCUGGGGGGCCGGAAACGGGGGCGGGCGAAGGGGGGGGGAAAGAAGCGCCGGCAACAGAGCAGAAAGCGGAUGUGGAGGCAAUCAACUGCCGUGCGGCGUGCCAUGCCAACCGGGCGGCGUGCUUCGUGCAGCUGGCCCUGCACGACGCCGCUGUCCGCGAGUGCAGCGAGGCCCUCAAGCUAAAGCCGGACUACCUGAAAGUGAUUAUACGGCGCGCGCAAGCAUACGACAAGCUGGAUAAGCAGGAGGAGGCGCUGGCAGACUGGAAGACGGUGCUCGAAAAGGACCCGGCCAACCGGCAGGCUUCCGCGGAGAUCCGUCGCUUAGAGCCGAUCGUGAACGGGAAGCGCGAGAAGAUGAGGGAGGAGAUGCUGGGCAAGCUGAAGGAGCUGGGGAACUCGGUGCUGGGCCACUUCGGGCUGUCGGUGGACAACUUCAAGGCGGUCCAGGAUCCUAACACGGGCGGGUAUAGCAUCAACUUCUCGAAGUGAAGCGGGGCGCCGCAAAACUGGCCCUUGCAGGAGAAGCACUCUUGAUUGCUGAGUUAAAAGAAUCUAAGCGUAACAGUUCGCCUCAGGCUCAGUCUGAGAAGGACUUGUGACUCGUGAGUAAGAGGCCUUCUAGUGACGUCAGACCAAUCAUGUACGUCAUGAGAGGUGGCUCUGGCCAACAUAGAAGGGUCGGAACAUCUGGUACUUAUUGAUGGUUCGAGAUCGUACUCGUCGAAAUGGAGUCUUAAGAUCGAGCCAUUGUAAGGUGGAAGUGGA